AAAAGCUUUCACGAGUCACGCCAUAGAUUGCACUUUCUUCUUUUUAUGUUAAAAAAAGAAAACAAAAGUGCAAUUGUUCCCCGAGUCAAAGAAAUCACAUGUAAUUUUGGUUAACCCUUAACCGGUCCAUAUCUGAACCGGUUCGGUACAAAAAUCCUAUAAUUUCUGGGAAUUCCAGAAAGAGUAAAGGAGAAGGAAGAAUGACGAUUUCGUGGAGGUUAGCGUCUUCGACCUCUCUUCUCUCCAUCCAUCGCACACCAACAAGUGCCUUUAUCUCCGCCAUGACCUUCUCUUCUUCUUCUUCUUCUUCUUCGCUUGAAUUGGUUCUCGAGUACCACAACCAGACGAAGCACUCCUUCACCGGUUACGCGAGAGGUCCUCGUGGUCUCGACUGGGCCAAUCAGCCUAAUCCCUUCCGCCGUUACCUCUCUGCUCCUCUUCUUCCUCUCCAACACCCCAAUCACGACGAUGACGACAACGACGACUCUCCUCUCUACUCUUGUCUAUUCGACUCGCUUCCUCCGCCCAAACCCAUCUCUCUCGCUACCAUCUCUCACCUUUUCUACCAUUCUCUCGCUCUCUCCGCCUGGAAGACCACCGGAUCCUCCACCUGGCCCCUCCGCGUCAACCCCAGCAGCGGUAACUUGCAUCCCACCGAGGCCUAUCUCAUUGCUCCUCCCAUCCCUUCCCUCUCCCAAUCCGCUUUCGUCGCCCACUAUGCUCCCAAAGAGCAUUCUCUGGAGGUUAGAGCUCACAUCCCCUCUUCCUUUUUCCCGGAGAAUUCUUUUCUCAUCGGCAUUUCUUCUAUCUUCUGGCGUGAAGCUUGGAAGUACGGAGAACGAGCGUUUCGGUACUGUAACCACGACGUCGGCCACGCCAUUGCCGCUCUCUCCAUUGCAGCCGCAGAGCUUGGCUGGGACUUGAAGCUUCUCGACGGCUUCGGAGCUGAUGAUCUCAAGAGGCUUAUGGGGCUCCCUGAAUUUCAGAUACCUUCUUCUUCAGGUAAAGGUAAGCUCCCUGAGAUUGAAUUCGAGCAUCCUGACUGCUUGCUCCUUGUUUUCCCCAACGGAACUAGUAGAGGAGAUCUCAACUUAGACUACCUCGGAAUUAGCUCUGCCCUAAGAGACUUCCCAAGCCUAGAGUGGAAUGGAAACCCCAAUACUCUGAGCAAAGAGCAUCUGUGUUGGGAUAUCAUCUAUAGGACAGCCAAGGCUGUAGAAAAGCCUUCAUUGAUCUACUCAACAUCUUCUUCAUUUGAUGCUCCCUUCACAAGCAGUGCUCUGUUUAGCCACACUUCUUAUAACAAGUUAACGGCCAGGCAAGUUGUAAGGACGAGAAGAAGUGCUGUUGAUAUGGACGCUGUUACUUGUAUAGACAUGUCUGCGUUUUACCAGAUAUUGAUGCACUGUCUUCCUUCUGGCUCCACGAGAGGGGAGCCCCAAAAAGAGCAACUUGCGCUGCCGUUUCGAGCUCUUCCUUGGGAUACUGCUGAGGUUCAUCUUGCCUUGUUUGUUCACAGAGUUUUGGGUUUACCAAAGGGACUGUACUUCCUAGUCAGAAACGAGGAUCAUCUCAGCGAUCUCAAGACAGCUACGAGGCCUGAAUUUGAGUGGAAGAAACCAGAUGGAUGCCCAGCCGAUCUUCCUCUAUACAAGCUCACCGAGGGUGAUUGCCAGAAGCUGGCAAAAGGGCUAUCAUGUCAUCAGGACAUUGCAGGGGAUGGAUGCUUCAGCCUAGGUAUGGUAGCUCGGUUUGAACCAGCGCUGCGGGAGAAGGGCUCAUGGGUGUACCCUCGACUGUUCUGGGAGACGGGUGUUAUUGGGCAAGUUUUGUACCUGGAAGCACACGCAAUGGGGAUCUCAGCAACCGGGAUAGGGUGCUAUUUCGAUGAUCCAGUGCACGAGGUUUUGGGGAUAAAAGACUCUAGCUUUCAGAGUCUGUACCAUUUCACUGUGGGAGGUCCAGUUGUAGACAAGCGGAUCAUGACUCUUCCUGCUUAUCCUGGUCCUACCACCACCGUUGCCUAGAUCAUACAUACUCGUUAAUCUGUGUUGAAUCCGUAAACAGCUUUCAUUUUGUGUUCUAAUCUUAGUCAGUUUACAGUAGCUGAUGGUAAAUAUCCAAUUCUCGUGGAAUUUUAUAUUUCUUGUUUUUUUGGGGAAAUGGUAAUUCUUUGUUUGGUGACA